AAAGAUCGCGGUGACGUAGUUCUGGCUGGAACGCUCCGGCGCGGUUUGCGCGCUGCGUUUUUGCCCCGCCGGAAGGCGACUUUUACUUACCCCUGCGCGCUCCACGCACGUAUCCUCCGUACGCGACGCGCUCCGUUCCCGAUUUUCCCCGCGCGCAUGUGUGUACGCGAUCGCGGGUGUCUCCGGUCCCAGGCCCAGGACUGAUCGCGCGAUGUGCUACGUCGCGGAGAGCAUGGAGUGGCACGAGACGCGAUCACGAGGAGCAGUGCAGCGCCAAGUGAGCCGAUAGUUCUGCAAGCGCUGGCUUGGGGAGGGGAUGGAAAUGCGCCCCGUCCUCCUGGCGGUCUGCCUCCUGCUUGUCAGCCCCGUCGCCCUGUCUUUCUGGACCGUAGGCAAUCAGCUGGUGAUGGACCCGAUGCUCGUGUGCAAGAAGACGCGACGUCUGAAGGGAAAGCUCGGCGACAUCUGCCGCAAGGAGCCGGCUCUGCUGAAGCAGAUCACCAAGGGCAUGCAGGUGGGCACGAAGGAGUGUCAGUAUCAGUUUCGGAACCGUAGGUGGAACUGCACGACGUACAGGAGGUCGCUGAAGAAAAUAAUACUGCGCGAUACCAGGGAAACCGGCUUCGUCAAUGCCAUCACGGCGGCCGGCGUGACUUACGCCGUGACGAGGGCCUGCACCAUGGGCGACCUCGUCGAGUGCUCCUGCGAGAAGAUGACCCCCAAGAGUAGUCGAUACGGAAAGCUCGGAAGACUCGCCAGCCGGAGUAAACACUUGCCUACGGACGGCGACUGGGAGUGGGGUGGCUGCGGGGACAACGUCAAUUUCGGAUUCAAAAAGUCCAGGGAGUUCAUGGACGCGCCUUACAGGAGGCGCAGCGAUAUCAAGACGCUUCUCAAGCGUCACAAUAACGAUGCUGGUCGAUUGGCGGUGCGAAACUUCAUGCGCACAGAGUGCAAGUGCCACGGGCUCUCGGGUUCUUGUACAGUGCGCACCUGUUGGCGCAAGAUGCCUCCCUUCCGCGAGGUGGGCAACCGGUUGAAGGAGUCCUUCGACGGCGCGGCCAAGGUAAUACCGGGCAACGACGGCCACAGCUUCAUCACCGAGGGCCUGACGAUCAAACCACCGGGUCGCUUUGACCUCAUCUACAGCGAGGACUCGCCGGACUUUUGCCGGGCGAAUCGAAAGACCGGCGCGCUAGGCACGCAGGGCCGACAGUGCAACGCCACCUCUCAGGGCGUCGACGGCUGCGAGCUGCUGUGCUGCGGACGAGGCUACGACACCAGGAUCAUCAAGGAGAAGGUCAACUGUCAGUGCAGGUUCAGGUGGUGCUGCGACGUCACCUGCAACACCUGCAUCGUUAAAAAGACGCUCAAUACGUGCCGCUAGCAUCAUUGGUGAUGCGCCGGGAUUGUUCGGUUGCACUGUUUUUUUUUUUUUUUUUUUACUGACGUAGUAAGCUUUUCGUCUCAUAUAUCAUUGUGGAGAACAAGGUCGUGCACGAGAGUGGGGUGGAUGUUGAAGUAUGACGUAAACAAGAUUGACUAUAUAAUUUAGAAAAUGCGCUGGCUCGGUUUUUUAUACCAUGUAUUUAUUCGCGUAAUUCGAGCAAACUCCGGUCUUUUGUCUCGUCUAGCGUUUUAUGCAAAGUACGCAUUAACCUUAUUUGCAAUCUUGUUUCUUCGAGGAGCUGGCGUAUUAUGGAGGGAAACAGGUUUUGAAAUAAUUGAUACUUACUUUGCAAAAUUGCAUACGAUGACAUGAUACGAGGGCAAUCAGUUAAUUAUUUUUUUCCUGUUAGCCAUUAUUCAUUUAGCAAUAAGUAAAAUCGCAUAAAUUCCUGGAAAAUCCUAUUUUGGGAAUGCAGCUUUUACGAUGGCUUUAUUUUGUAAUUUCUCGAUCGCUGCGUGAAGCGUCGUUGAGCGUUAAUGAUCUCGGAAGUAGUAAUUUAUAAUUAUGGAAAUUCACGUUGUUAAGCUGAUCACGUAACGUAUUAAUAUAAUAUAGAAUGCAUUGACGGCCAUGCGCACAAAUAACGAUCGUUGGGCAUUUUUGCAAAAUUCGGAUCGAAAUAUUUAUAACAUACUUUAAGUUUAUGACAAUCGAGCGAAUCAAGAGCAGAGUACUUUGGCUGUAAAAGCUUUCAAUGAGACUGCUGGCUGUGUAUCUUUGAAUUUUCGUAUAAUAGUGUAAUAGAUAAUAUGCGCCAUUUAGGAAAUGUAAAAAUCAUGCUCUACUCGUAAGUAUUUAAACAUAGAUUUGUAUAUUUCUAUUACGUACAAGGAGAAAGAUUAUUCAUCGAAUGAAAAGUCGUUUCCCUGAAUAUUUUUACUCUCAUUAUAUGAAUAUAUACCUACUCAUAGGUGAAUCACGCACAAUAUUUAUGUAACUCGCUUUAGCUUGAACCCGCUUGAAGCUCUAUUAAUUUUACGACUGUAAAAGCAUCGCAGCUCGAUAGCUGAGAAGUAUAAAAAUAAAGAAACGUUCUCCUCCGACAAAAAGUGUUUUCGUCCGACGUAUACC